AUGCCGUCCAACGUCCGACCUCUGACGGGCAAGAAGAAGAUGAUUCCCCUCGGCGCCGAGACGCGCGUGCAAACCAUCGGUCGGUUGCUCACCUACUUUUCGGGCGCCUUCAUCGUCUUUUCCCUGCUAUGCUCUCUUGCGCCUGCAUCCUCAUCGCGCGGUCUCGCUCCAUCGAAUGGACAACGACGGUCGACCACGCCUUCCGGGCGAUGCGAUCCCUUCAGCCUGCCUGGGUGGGUCGACUACUCCAUUGGCACCAACGACCUCCCUGCCUGGCGAACGUUCGAUCCUUCCUGCACCUCAUCUACCUACCUCGCAUCGCUAAUCUCCACCCUCAACAUCCAGCAGGAGGACCCAUCGAAGAUCGCACCGCAUCACGAACACACCCCUGCCCGCGGGGCUAGCGUUGAGGAGCUCAACAGCUUCCUCUCCAACCGAACCGUGCUCCUCAUCGGAGAUCAACGGGUGGAUCAGGCGCUCGUGUCCCACUUCUGUUCCCUUACAGGGCACAAAGCCCAGCCGGUGGAUAAGAGUCAUCCGUGGGGGAACAGUCUCAAUAUGGUUCCGGCUAAACAUGGGUUUACGCCAGUCAAAAACAAUGCGCCGUUGGCACACUACUGCUACGUGCCGGAGUACGAUUUCCUCGUCACGUCCGUCUACUCGUAUGGCGCGGAUACGAGCGAUACUUGGCGCGGCGAGGCGCUCUACAAUGCACCGGGUCUGUUCGAGGAUCGCGUCACAGACCUCUUCGUGCCGUACCUCAAGGCUAUGGCUAGCUCCAAGAGCACUUCGCCAGCACUACCGUUGCCACGGGGGAAGGCAGAGCCGGAUCUGGUCUUCUUCAACAGCGGUCUGUGGGAUUUGGCGCGCUGGGCACACCACGACAUCGACACCGGCGUCGGGUUGUUGGAGAAUCUCAGCGAGGAGAGGAUCAUGUGGUGGAGAUCGAGAAUGGUGGACAUGCUCAAUUCCGUUUCGGGCGCGUGGAGGAAACCCCGCAUUGUGUGGCGCAACACAGCCUACCCACUCGCCUCAGAAGCCUCGACGGUGGAAGCGUUUUUGGGCAUCGAGGGGGAGAGGAGGAAGAAUCAUCCGUUGUACCACGCCAAUCGCAUCGCCCAGAUCAACGGUGCGCAGAGGUCAGCGCUCGAGGUGCAUGGGGAUGACGUGGUCAAGGGAGAGCGAGCGAGAAGUGCCAGGAUGCCGAAUGGUGUGGUAGGACUGGGCUUCGCAGAGGUCAUGAUGGGUCAGGAUCAACAUGCUUUGGAUCCGCUCGCGCCGAGUCAACUGCCCUGCGGUGCACUGUUCGGUGAGAUGAUGCUCUGGCAUCUGCGCGACGCUGUUAAUCCAUAA